AUGCCGGACAGCAGCGGCGCGACCGUUUUUGACGACCUGCCGGAGUGGCUCGUCGUCGACGAGAUCCUCUUCCGGUUGCCGCCAAAGGACGUACUCCGCUGCCGCGCCGUCCGCAGGUCGUGGCGCAGCGGCACUUCCACCGACAAGUUCAUCCUCGACCACCACCGCCGCCAGCCCUCGCUCCCCAUCAUCAGACACCGGGAGGGCCUCUGCCGCUUCCCAGUCCUCAGUGGCGCUGCUGCCGAUGUCUGCAGUGAUAAAAAGAUACGGCCCUUCGUCCGGUACACCCCUACUACCAUAGUCGACGUUAUACACCACGGCGCUUGUGACGGCCUCCUCAUCCUAUCGGAGCAAGGUGAUUUCUACAUCUGCAACCCGACCACCCGCAGGUGUGCUUCUCUGCCACAUCCUCCACUACGACCAGGCUUCAGCACGGUCACCGUAGUCGCCUUCUACCGGCACCACACAUCUGGAGAACACCGGGUGCUCUGGGUGGUCAUGAGCCACGCCAGAGUUGAGUUUGAAUCGCCUGAUUACUUCGUCCUCACGGUGGGAUCAGACAAGCCAAGAUUCAUCCAAUGGCCGAUAGGUUCUCCUGCCGCUGAGUCCUCCACUUUCCCACCAGUGCAUCAUCGUGGUAGCCUGCACUGGCCAAUGGGCCUCAGCAUUACCGUAUUUGACACCGUAGCCGAGACAUUCCGCCAGAUGAGCCGUCCGGCACAGCUGGGCGAUAAUGAUAUGGUGGCAUUGCUGGACAUGGGUGGAGCCCUUGCUUUGUCAAGCACCACCCCUGAAUGCGUCACUCUAGAUGUCUGGGUCUUGCAGGACUAUGACGCCGAGACCUGGGGCUUUCAGUACCGGAUUAACUUGCGAGCUAUUGUGGCAGCACCGCCGCUUGAUUUGCGCCUGAAAUAUGUCCCGAGUAUGGUUGCGAUCAACGAGCGCGAGCUGUUGAUCCAGGUGGGUUGGCGUCUGUUGCAUUGCGGCAUCGAUGGCACGUUUCUAGGAAAUGUUGAGAUCGAAGAGCAUGAAAACUACCUCACACUUACUAAGCAUCGCCUCCAAGAGAGCAUGAUUUCACUUCCAUUGUUUGAGAGGCAACAACAAGAAGAGGCUGUCAACAAUGUGCCUCCAUUCCUCAUUGUGCUGUAA